CGCCGCUCACCUGUUUUUGUUUUGGCUCGACGGGUAGGCGUGCGCUUCACGUUGACGCUGCACCAAACGGAAAGCACGGCGCGAAGCUGAUGAUGGACGAUUACAUAGAUGAAGAAGAGGAGAUCGCAAUGAUUCUCCUCUCGUCUUCGCUGCUUGCGAUGGAGGAAGAGGAGCAGCGAGCGCCGAAAAAGCAGCGUCGCCGUCGGCGGUGGUGGGUUCGCCCAUGUUUGCGAGACCGCGAAAGGACGGGACAAGCCAGCUGCCUCCUUCCUCGUCUUCGCUCGUAUGACGAGGAGUAUUACCGACAUUUUCUUAGGAUGCCGCCGCGGUCCUUCGACACUCUUUUGAGCCUCGUCGGCCCCCACAUCACGAAGGAGGAAACCCGAUUCCGACGCCCGAUCUCUCCCGACGAUCGCCUGGCUUUGGCCGUCAGAUUCUUGGCAGCAGGUGAAACGCUGAGGUCCUCCUCAUACAAUUUCCUCUGUGGGAGAACAACAGCGUGCAAAAUUGUGUCGGAGGUAUGUGCAGCUAUCUGGGACAUCCUGAGUCCCAUUUACGUUGUAUGCCCGAAGACCGCAGACGCCUGGAUCAGGGUUGCUGGCGAGUUCGAGGAAAGAUGGAAUUUGCCACAUUGCUUGGGUGCGAUUGACGGCAAGCACGUCAGCAUCGAGUGUCCUGCGAAGUCCUGCAGCCAGGACAGAAAUUAUAAAAAUGGCUUCAGCAAGUCGUUGCUUGCUGUGAGUGACGCCUACUACAGGUUCCUGUAUGUGGAGAUUGGCCACCAUGGCAGCGAGUCGGACGGAGGCAUCUUCGCACGUAGCGAGCUACAGCGCCGCAUUGUCGCAGACCAACAGGGCAUUCCCCCAGAUUCUAGUCUAGGCAACAUUGGCACAGUGCCUUAUUUCUUGGUUGGGGACGAGGCCUUCCCGCUGAAGAAGUACCUUAUGCGGCCUUAUCCAAGAAAAAGCCUACAGCCCACACGCACUGAAGGCCAGACGGACGAUACUGACCAAGCACCUAAUGAAGAGAGGCCAUCUGGGGAACGCGAGGCAUGCAACCGGCGGCGCAUCUUCAACUACCGGCUUAGUAGGGGCCGAAGGGUUGUAGAAAAUGCCUUUGGCAUUCUCGCCCAAAAGUGGCGCAUUCUGCGACGCCCUUUUAGGGCGAACACAGAAAACACAAGCAGAUAUGUGGCAGCCUGCAUUGCGCUUCAUAACUUCCUGCUCAAGGAAUCGCAGGUUUCCUCAACGUCCUAUUGCCCACCCGGCACUGGCGACACUGACGACUGGGAAGGCAAUGAAAGAGCUGGCAGUUGGCGGGCAGAGCCCAACUCCACUGCUGCACUCACCAGCCAGUCAAACACACGUGGUCGUCCCACCAGCUUGGCCUAUGCCAUGAGGGACAAGCUGUCCCACUACUUCAUCACUGCUGGGAAGGUGCCAUGGCAAGACGACAUGGUGUGAUGCCUUGGCAGGAACAAGUAGGUGGGAUUCUUCAUUUAUCCAGUUGCAAAUCGAAAUCAAGCACUGAUCUCAAAUGUUGGUAGCUGUGCAGGUGAUGCAUGCUUCACGAGAAAAGUGGCAUGCAAUAAAAUAUACACUCAGUGACACACACACACAGUGCUGACUUUCAACUCAAAUUGUCAUUUUAUUAGAUAUAUAAGGAAUGAUAAAGAUAUAUGGGGAAGGAACAGAAAGAUAGAUGAAGGUAUGACACCAAGUUGUCUUUUUUUCAUUUUCCGCUUAUUUUUUUUUUAAUGGGAAAGCAUUAACUGUCUCAUGGGGCGAGCCGACAUCAUCAGCUUUGAAACCGCGCCAAACGGCACGGCAGGGUGCGGGCAGAGCGCGCCGCCCUGCCGUCGACACAAAUACGCUGCAGACAAAAUAGGGGAGCGGAAUAAUGACAUAGGUACAUGCUUGCGCAUUCACAACUCAUAAGCAGUGUUUAUGGGGUACCUUGAGCCUUUUUUAUUAUGGGAUAUUUAACUUUUAAUAAAAACACUGACAUGAAAAAUGUGGCGUUCAAUAAACUA